CCUUGCGCGGCUCCAUGUUUACGGAAGGGAGUCUGACGACCACGACCAUAUCGGUGUGAAAUGUUGAAAAACAGCCACGUAGGCCUAUAGUUCAUUUGUCUCGUUUAGAAUAGUAAACUACUGUCUUAUGUCGAAGGAUACAGCUAGCUAAGCUACAAAGGCAGUAGUUAGCUAGACAGCCAAAAAACGUCAACUCGACUAAAAGUCAUAUCUCAGUACUAGGAAGGGGUUCUCAAGUACAGGUAGACCUGACCAGACCUCUCUCCAGCACCAUGUGGGAUCAGGAGAUCAGACAUAUGGCAUCCAGCCACGCCAUCAUGGCAUCGGGGGUGUUUAUGGCGACAGUGGUGCCAGCGGUGUUAGUGCCGGGCUUCUCUGUGUAUGGGACACACCUGCUGUGGCAGUACUCUGUUGCCGGGGUCGUCGCUGUGGUCAACAUCACCCUGUUCUGGCUGCUGGGGGUCAGCCCCCCUACCAAGAAACACACUAUCACCUACAAGGUGUCUAGGUUGGUGCGUUCCUGUCUCUACCUCCUCCUCUCCUGUCUGUUCUUCCACACUGUAGUGGUCCUGUAUGGAGCACCGCUACUGGAGACUGCAUUGGAGACAUUCUCUCUGGCGGUGUUGUUGACCAGUCUAACCACUCUGAGGUGUGUGUGUGUCCUCGGGCCCAACGUCCAGGCCUGGAUAAGAGUCUUCAGCCGACAUGGGGCCAUGUCGGUGUGGGACACCUCUCUACAGAUGGUGGUCGGCUGCAGUGUUGUGGGAGCCUGGCUGGGAGCCUUCCCUAUCCCUUUGGACUGGGACCGACCCUGGCAGGUGUGGCCUGUGUCCUGCAGUCUGGGUGGAGUGAUUGGUUACCUGACUGGGCUAGUCGUCGCCCCCGCCUGGAUACACUGGCACCGGAAACACCUCACCUACAAGAGCAAGUGAUGGACAAGUCAGAGGGAGUGAGAGAGAAUUUGUAUGUAUGUGUGUUGUAUGUGUGUGCAUGCUUGUUAUGUCACUCCCCCAGGCUGCUGAUAAAUUAUCCCUGUAGUAAUCCGGCUGUAUUGCUUUGGUAUCUGAAUAUUUAUUGGGCUGUUGGAGUGGACAGGCCCUCUCCUGUAAAAUAUGAUGUUGCCAUGUAAAAAGAUUCCAGACGUCGUCUUUUUUUUUUUUUUUUUACAAAUAAAGUCUUAGUUCUUUACA